CCCGCCCCCCGGCUCCUGCGACUUCCGGUCUGAGCUACUCCUGGAGUCUUAGGAGCGUGGGUGAGGUGCGGCGUGGAGCCGUCCCAGGAAAUAACCAUGGUGCUCAGUGGUGUUGAUAAGAUGAUUCGACUUCAGAAGAACACCGCCAACAUUAGGAAUAUCUGUGUUCUGGCUCAUGUUGAUCACGGAAAAACUACUCUUGCUGAUUGUCUUCUAUCCAGUAAUGGAAUCAUCUCCAGCCGCCUGGCGGGCAAGUUAAGGUAUAUGGACAGCAGAGAAGAUGAACAGGUCAGAGGGAUCACCAUGAAGUCCAGCGCCAUCUCACUACAUUAUGCAGAAGGUAAUGAGGAGUACCUGAUUAAUCUGAUAGAUUCUCCUGGACACGUGGACUUCUCCUCAGAAGUAUCAACAGCGGUUCGCAUUUGUGAUGGAUGCAUCAUUGUGGUGGAUGCUGUGGAGGGGGUCUGUCCACAGACACAGGCAGUUCUUCGACAAGCCUGGCUUGAAAACAUCCGCCCUGUUUUAGUGAUUAAUAAAAUAGACCGCCUGAUAGUGGAACUAAAAUUCACCCCACAAGAGGCCUAUUCUCACCUCAAGAAUAUUUUAGAACAGAUUAACGCACUUACAGGAACUCUUUUUACUUCUAAAGUCCUAGAAGAAAGAGCAGAGAGAGAGACAGAAUCCCAGGCGAAGCCACAUUCUGAGCAAGGAGAGCAAGUGUAUGACUGGAGCGCAGGCUUGGAGGACGUGGACGACUCACAGCUGUACUUCUCGCCAGAGCAGGGCAAUGUGGUAUUUACCAGUGCAAUAGAUGGCUGGGGCUUUGGAAUUGAGCACUUUGCCAGAAUCUAUAGUCAAAAAAUUGGCAUCAAGAAGGAAGUUCUUUUGAAAACCUUGUGGGGAGAUUAUUAUAUAAACAUGAAGGCUAAGAAGAUUAUGAAAGUUGAUCAGGCCAAAGGAAAGAAACCUUUAUUUGUGCAGUUGAUCCUGGAAAAUAUAUGGAGUUUGUAUGACGCAGUCUUGAAAAAGGACAAAGAAAAAAUUGAUAAAAUUGUGACUUCUUUAGGAUUAAAAAUUGGAGCCCGGGAGGCACGACAUUCAGACCCUAAAGUCCAGAUCAAUGCCAUUUGCAGCCAGUGGCUCCCCAUAUCCCACGCUGUCCUCGCUAUGGUGUGUCACAAACUGCCCAGUCCCCUUGACAUGACGUCGGAGCGAGUAGAGAAACUGCUGUGCACAGGAUCCCAGACAUUUGAUUCUCUGCCACCAGAGACCCAAGCCCUGAAAGCAGCUUUUAUGAAAUGUGGAAGUGAGGAUACUGCUCCAGUUAUUAUCUUUGUUUCCAAAAUGUUUGCAGUUGAUGUGAAAGCCUUGCCUCAGAAUAAGCCAAGGCCUCUCACUCAAGAAGAAAUGGCCCAGAGACGGGAACGGGCAAGACAGAGGCACGCAGAGAAGCUUGCAGCAGCCCAGGGGCAAACAUCCCAGGGACCCACCCAGGAUGGAGGUGCCCUUGAAACAAGUCCCCAUGAAGAUGAGCCAAGAGGUGAUGAACCAGAUGUGGCAAGUGUAAGCUACCAGCCUACUCCCCAGGAGGAAAGCAGCCAAGAGGCCUUCAUCGCAUUUGCUCGUGUAUUCAGUGGCAUAGCUCGAAGAGGAAAGAAAAUUUUCGUCUUAGGACCCAAGUACAGCCCUGUUGAUUUCUUAGAGCGGGUUCCACUAGGCUUCUCAGCUCCACUAGAGGACCUCCCUCCUGUGCCCCACAUGGCGUGCUGUACUCUGGAGAACCUGUACCUUCUGAUGGGAAGGGAGCUGGAAGAUCUGGAGGAAGUCCCCCCAGGAAACGUGCUGGGAAUUGGAGGCCUCCAGGACUUUGUGCUAAAAUCUGCAACUUUGUGCAGCCUGCCAUCCUGCCCACCGUUUAUUCCCCUCAACUUUGAAGCCACCCCGAUUGUGAGAGUUGCCGUUGAACCAAAGCACCCAAGUGAAAUGCCUCAGCUUGUGAAAGGAAUGAAGCUGCUAAACCAGGCUGACCCCUGUGUCCAGGUUUUAAUUCAGGAAACAGGAGAGCAUGUUCUGGUCACGGCCGGGGAGGUCCACCUUCAGCGAUGUUUGGAUGACUUACGAGAAAGGUUUGCAAAGAUCCACAUCAGUGUAUCUGAACCCAUUAUUCCAUUCAGAGAAACGAUCACAAAACCUCCCAAAGUUGACAUGGUCAAUGAAGAAAUAGGCAGGCAGCAAAAAGUCGCUGUCAUACACCAAACAAAAGAAGAGCAAAGCAAAAUCCCAGAGGGGAUCCACGUGGACUCCGAUGGGCUUAUCACCAUACCAACUCCCAACAAACUGGCCACACUCAGCGUCCGUGCCAUACCACUGCCAGAAGAAGUCACUAGGAUUCUGGAAGAAAACAGCGACUUGAUUCGUUCCAUGGAGCUUUUGACAUCCUCCUUGAACGAGGGUAGAAAUACCCAGGCCAUUCAUCAGAAGACCCAAGAGAAAAUAUGGGAAUUUAAGGGAAAGCUAGAGAAACACCUAACAGGGAGGAAAUGGAGGAACACUGUUGACCAGAUCUGGUCAUUUGGCCCAAGGAAAUGUGGGCCCAACAUCCUAGUCAGUAGAAGUGAAGAUUUCCAGAGCUCAGUAUGGUCUGGCCCAGCUGGCAGAGAAUCAAAAGAGGCCAGCAGAUUCCGAGACUUUGGCAAUAGCAUUGUGAGUGGCUUCCAGCUUGCGACCCUCUCUGGCCCCAUGUGUGAGGAGCCGCUCAUGGGUGUCUGUUUUGUUCUAGAAAAGUGGGAGCUAAAUAAAUGUGCAGAACAAGGAGCAAGUGAUAAACAGCACCAAGGUCAGUGUGAUCUGGUGGCAGAGGGACAGGGGGAAGGCAAAACCUGUCACGUUGGAGAUGAAAACCAAGAGCAACAAGAUGUCUGCUCAGAGCCCUUUGAAGAGACUUCCCAGAAAGGAGACUCUCCAGUUAUUGACUGCUAUGGACCCUUCUCCGGGCAGCUAAUUGCUACCAUGAAAGAAGCCUGCCGCUAUGCUCUGCAGGUGAAACCUCAGCGCCUGAUGGCAGCUAUGUACACAUGUGACAUCAUGGCCACCAGUGAUGUCCUCGGCCGAGUCUAUGCCGUGCUGUCAAAGCGAGAAGGUCGAGUGCUUCAGGAAGAAAUGAAGGAAGGGACGGACAUGUUCAUCAUCAAGGCUGUGCUGCCUGUGGCGGAAAGCUUUGGCUUUGCGGAUGAAAUCAGGAAGAGGACCAGCGGACUGGCCAGUCCACAGCUGGUGUUCAGCCACUGGGAGGUCAUUCCCAGCGACCCGUUCUGGGUGCCAACCACUGAGGAGGAGUACCUGCACUUUGGGGAGAAGGCGGAUUCCGAGAACCAGGCCCGGAAGUACAUGAAUGCCGUGCGGAAGCGGAAGGGCCUCUAUGUGGAAGAAAAGAUUGUGGAACACGCAGAAAAGCAGAGAACCCUCAGCAAAAACAAGUAGCUAAAAAGAAGUCACUACUGCUGGUGGCGGGGCCUCUUCUUUUUAAUGAAUUAACAAGUAUUAUCAAGGGUCUAAUCCGGGAAAAUCUCACUUUGGUAAAUUAUCUGUGUGGAUUCACUUUCAAUAAUAAACAUGGUCUAUAUAUUUUAAAGGCAUCAGAGAGCAUAACUUUCAGACUGCUUGUUUAAUUAAUUCUGUUUCACAGAGCUGAUUACAUUAUGAAGAGUUAGUACCACAACCUUCAGCAGUUAGUCAAGGCUGCCCUUGGUGCUAAGCACUGCUGAGCAGACACCAUAGGCGGGCUUCAUCUCUAGGGCCUGAGUGGCUGCUCGACUCCCAUUAGCUAGUCGUUUGUCACGUCGCAAGGGUGUCCUCCUGUGAACUUCACCUGAGUUACUGACUUAGUCCUCAGUCAGAGUUUAACAUCAUUUGGAGAAAACACUUAGAGAACAGCUGCUUCUUCGGAAGUGCCAGUCAGUUGCAGUGUUAGUAACAGCAGCCCGAGAGAUAGCCUGUGUUCGUGCUCCUUUACAGAGUGCCCGAGCCUUCCUAAAUUAGAGUCCUUGAACGUUGUGCCCUUGACCUUUCUAUUAAAAACAGAAAGGAGUUUCUGUGGUUGUCUCUGCCAUUCCUUCUUAAACACACCAAAGAGCUAAAAGCCAACGUGCCUGGAUCACUGCCAGUGUUUUAAAUGGUUUUCCUGUUGUCUGAGUUGCCUUGUUAAGAUAUUCCCAUUCAAUGGACAAAUGAAAUGUGAUCAAAAAUCAAGUCUGUAGUUUCUG